UGUGGAUCAUCUUCACUUCCGUGAUCAACCGCUGGUCCGGACUGUGAGCCACGAGGCGUCCGGCAUUGUGCACCUCAAGGUAACCCAAUCUCCUGGCAUCACACCCACAUUCCUGCUGCUGUUUCUGACCAUAGCUGCUGUGCUCGGUGGAUAAAAGGGUGCCUGGAUCACCAGCUCUCCUGCCCAUUCAUCAUGCCUCGGAAGCAAAAGAGAAAGCCUGCUGCUCCUAAGAAAAUCCACCCUGUCAAAGGGGAGACCCAGGUAAUUCAGGAAGCACAGGCUACUACUACCGAGAAGAGAAUAUUACGCUCCUCAUCUACUCCUUUGGAGGUUACCACUCACGCAGAUUCUGCUUCUCAGUCACAAAGCCCUCCAGAGAGAUCGCAGAGAGAAGUUUCUGCCACUAAAGCAACAGAUAUGCCAAACCCGAGAUCGAAUGAAGGAACCAAAUGCAAAAGUAAGAGAAAGCACUGCUCUCCUCAGCCUCAGCUCUCCACCGAGCAGUCUCCCGAAGAUGCACUAACCGAGGAAGAUAUGCCAAACCUGAGAUCAAAUGAAGGAACCAAAUGCAAAAGUAAGAAAAAGCACUGCUCUCCUCAGCUUCAACUCUCCACGGAGCAGUCUCCCAAAGAUGCACUAACCAAGGCAGAUAUGUCGAGCCCAAGAUCAGAAAAAGAAGCAGAACGCAAAACUAAGAAAAAGAAAAUGCCUCUCAGCAAGAUGGUCAGCAAUUUGGUGAAUCACAUGAUUGAAAUGUCCGUAAUGCAAAAACCUAUUAUGAAAAAGUCUAUGUUGAAGAUUAUCGAUAAAAAGUAUAAGAAACGCUUCCCAGAACUCCUGGGAAGAGCUUCUUUCAACAUAGAAGUGGUAUUUGGCAUGGAAUUAAAGGAAGUUGAUACCCCCAAACACUCUUAUGCCCUUGUCAGCAAAAUGAAUCUCCCCUAUAAUGGGGUGCUGACUCGUGGCAAGGGAUAUCCGAAGACGGGUCUCCUGAUGAACAUUCUAGGAGUGAUCUUCAUGAAGGGCAGCUCUGCUUCUGAGGAGAAGAUCUGGGAAUUCCUGAAUAGGAUGAAAAUUUAUGAUGGAAAGAAACACUUCCUUUUCGGAGAGCCCAGGAAGCUCAUCACAAAAGAUCUGGUGAAGCUGAAAUACCUGGAGUACCGCCAGGUUCCUGAUAGCAAUCCUCCUCAGUAUGAAUUCCUGUGGGGCCCAAGAGCCUAUGCUGAGACCAGCAAGAUGAAAGUCCUGGAGUUUUGGGCCAAGAUCAAUGAUACCGAGCCCAGUGCCUUCGAGUCCAGGUAUGAAGAGGCUUUGAGAGAUGAAAAAGAGAGUGCAGAGGCCUUAGUUACACACUGUGAAAGCACUCAGGGCGUAGCCCGGGUAUGUUCCUUUCCAGGGGUUACAGUUCUUCCCACAAUAAUGGAAGUUGAUGAAGGAGAAGAUUCUGCAGUUUGUAAUUGAAGAAAGCCGACAAUGUUCCCAGCAGUGAAGGGUGGCAGUGUCUGGAGGGAACAGAGUGUAGGGUUACUUUGUGUUCCUAUUUCACAUGGGCAGUUUUGUGAUUUAUCUAUGUUUAUAUAUAUAUAAAAAUGAAAAUAUGUUUACACAGAUAAACAUUUAUAUCAAACUUUGUUUUGUUAACAUCUGAGUCUGUGAAAGAUUUU